AGAGAGCCAGGCAGCCACUCAAAAACUCUGCUAGCUGCGCUUACCUCCACCACAAACCCCUACGUCUGGUCUUCUUCUUCUUCUUCUUCGAUUCUUCUCCAUCCACUCCACUCCACAGCCACAGAUCGAGCUAGCUAGAGUAGAGUAUGGGGUGCUGGGGCUCCAAGGCCGGCGCGGACGUCGCUGUGGCCGACGCCUACCGCCCGCCGCCCACCAGCGUCUCUGUCUUCGAUAUCAGCGCCGUCGAGGAACCCUGGCUCAUCGCCAAGAACAAAGCAGCCGGCGAUGAGGAAGACGACGACCAAGAGGAGGAAGAAACCGAUGAGGAUGACGACGAGGAAGAGAAGAAGAACGUCGUGCCGCUCCGGCUCCCGCUCCUGGAAAAGCUCGAGGGCUACGAGCUCGCCCCGGCCUCGUGGUCCGAGGUCAGCAAGGCCCUGGAGGACAUGAAGCCGGAAAUGCUGCUGGAUUCCAACACCAAUAAGCCACCGGAUCCCAAGAAGAAGACGGCCAAGAAGAAGAAGAAGAAGACGAACAAGGAAGAAGAAGAACCAGCAGCAGAUGCUCAAACUCAGGAGCAGAAGCUGCAGCCGCCGCCCGACGAGGAGGUUGGCAAGAAGUCGCCGCCGCCGCCGCCGGAGCUGGCGGGGCGGCGCGUGGUGAAGGACAACCCCUUCCUGAUGCGCGACCGCGAGAGCAGCAGCAAGGCCGGCAACGCGCCUCGGUGGAAGCGGCGCGACCCGUUCGAGGGCUGCCCCGAGCGGCGGCCGCCGGGCGCGGCGGGCGGCGGGGUAGUGCUGUACACGACGACGCUCCACGGCGUGCGGCGCACCUUCGAGGACUGCGAGCGCGCGCGGGAGGUGGUGGAGGCCUGCGCGGAGGCGGCGGGCGUGGGGGCGGUGGACGAGCGCGACGUCUCGCUGCACGGGGAGUACCUCCGCGAGCUGCGGGAGCUGGCCGGCGAUGGCGCGGCGGCGCCGCCGCGGCUGUUCGUGAUGGGCCGCUACGUGGGCGGCGCGGAGGAGUGCGUCAGGCUGGCCGAGUCCGGCAGGCUGAGGGAGAUGAUGCGGUGGGUGAAGGCGCGCGGCGAGGCCUGCGCCGCCAAGGACGGCCGCGGCUGCGAGGGAUGCGGCGGCGCGCGCUUCGUGCCGUGCUGGGAGUGCGGCGGCAGCCGCCGCAAGCUGGUGGUGGUGGAGGGAGGCGGCGGCGGCCAUCAGGAUCAGGUGGAGAGGUGCGCCAAGUGCAACGAGAACGGACUCAUGAUGUGCCCGCUCUGCCACUGAAUCUCAAUCUGAAUCUGAAUCUGAAUCACCACUGAUCAUCAUCCUAGGCCUCUUUCUUCAAUGUAAUCAUCAAUAUGAUGGAUCGCUUAUUAGCUUGCGUUGCAUCGAUCCCUUUUGUUCAUUCAUUCAAGAGAUUUGAACUAGUACACUACUACAUAGGGUAUAUGUAUGUAUAUGUAGUAGCAUCCACUAUAUGUAUAUUGUACAUCGAGUAUGUAUGUAUGUAUGUUGGUUGGAGCCUUAGUUGUGCACAUUAUAUAUAAUAACCUUGAAAAAACUAAAGAAUUUGGAGGUAUGCUAGGGGCAUUCCAGCACAGUCA